AUGAUUGAUAUAUUCAGUGCUAGGAAUAGGAACUCAGAAGUUACUAACCUAAGUGCUAAUCAUUCUUUAACAUAAAAAUCUAUGUUGCAUGAAUUGUCUAUACCUAAAAUUAAUAUUUUAGUGUCAUAGGUUGAACCAAAAUUAGAAAAUUUAAUUAAAGCUGAAGGUGAUUGUAUUGAAAUCAACCCAGAAACAGAGAGGAUUUCAAAGAAAACUAUUUUAAGAAGAGACAUGUUCUAAAAUUAAAUUUUGAAAGGAAAAAAAAUGCAUAAAGUAACAUUUCGAGAUUAAAUCUCUGGAUAAUCUCUAAAAUAAAUUAAGUACUAUGUUAAGGAAUCUCAAUAAGAUCAUGAUGAAUGCUGUCCUUGUCAAACCUUUUGA